AUGUCACGGCCUUCGCUGGAUGUUGGUCAGGACCCGACCCAGCUCUCCUCCUUCCAUAAGGAUAUCGAUCUGCCCGACCUCCUCCUGCCUGUUCUUCACACGAGACACAAAGUCGUGGCCGGCCGCUCUCCCGCCUCGUCCUCGCCGACCACCCGCCACGCCCCUCGAUCGCCGCCACGCUGCGCCCUGGCCCGCGCACAAUAUUGCCUCCGAGCACACGCCGCCGCCCGUGUGCGCCGCGCUCUCUUGGCCCCCGUCCCCCCGUCAUCACUUAUCUCCGAGUCCUCCGCACAAACCUUCGCGGGCUUUCGCCCCGCCUCCUCCUCAGCCGCCAUCAGCCCUCCUGACCGCACCCUAUCAUUUCCAGACCCAUGGCCCGCCCUCUCGCACACCCACGCACCGACCACGACCGACUCCCGGCGCGCUGUUUACCCCCAGUUUCCCCACAAGGCACCCCGAGUACCUGUAUACCUCGCCCGGCUACCCUCUCUCGCGCACAACCCCGAGCGCGUCCCUGAGGCCUGA